UAAAUCGUUUUCAUAAUUUUUUCCAAGAAAUAGUCCUUGUCACUGACUUCUGUUGAGAUCCCCACUUCAGCAAGCAACUUUCUUAUAUAUAAAAGAGAACGUUAAAAAUCCUAUGUAUAUUCUUCCGCGCAUCGUGCAGGUAUUUUCAAAUAGCAUUAAUAAAAUUGAAGAUUCGAAAAGAAAUUGUUGUUUUUCAAAAAUUAAUCAGUUAAAAUGAGGAUGGUUUUUUUGUUGAAUUUUUCCGGAAUUAUGUGCUUAUUAUUGUUAUCUUUGAUUUAUGAGCAACAAACAUUAGUAAUAGCAACAGAAAUGGUAUCAAGGGUAUGUCUGGGAUGUAUAUGUGAAGCUGCUUCUGGAUGUAAUAUUACAAUUGGUUGUGAUGAAUCUGUUUGCGGACCAUUUCGUAUAACAUGGAAUUAUUGGGCUGAUGCCGGUAAACUAACACUUGAUGAUAAUUUAAACGAAAAUGCGUAUGCACGAUGUGUAAACGAUCCUUAUUGUGCAGCUCGUACAGUACAAGGUUACAUGAUGAAAUUUGCUCAGGAUUGUAACAAUGAUGGUAAUAUUAAUUGUGAUGAUUUUCUUCGCAUUCAUCGAUUAGGUGGAUAUGGAUGCAAUGGUUCAUUAAAUUCAAAAUAUGAAAAUAUUUAUAAACUUUGCAUGCAGACUUUUGAAAAACAAUAAUUACAACAAUGUAAGAACACUCAUAAAAAAUAUAAAAUUAUAUCUUACAUAUAUAUAUAUAUGUUAAUAAAUAUAAAAAAUAAAUAUA